AUGAGCGAAGGGGGUGGCACGGUUAGGCAGCGUAAAAAAAGCUCCGGCGAUGGAGCCGGAAAUCGCCCACGUAAAUCGAAACUCACCUCACCGAGCGGUUCGUCUUCCGCCUCACCUAGUGCAGCUCAGCAGCACCAAAUGUGGGCUCGGCUCGUGCUAAUGGUGGGCAUCGCGGCCAUCGUGUACUUUACAACGUUCCGGACGAGGGAGAAAAAGUUCGCCACCCAACGGGAGGUGCUCGAAUUGCGCACCCAACCGCUGGACUGCUCGCGGCCCUACCUCGAAGAAAUUUCGAAAUUUUCUGGCUGCAUCCCGCACCGAUGCGGUCGGUUCGUUAGCGACAAAAUUGUGUCCCCGGCAGAGGCCGGCAUUUUGCUCGAUCUGGCACGUAGUGGUUUCGAGCUUGGACAAUCGGCAGGCGGAGCGUCCAUACUCGACCUGCACUCAGGCGCGCUGUCGAAAGGAACCCAGUUCGUCAACGUGUACCGGUUGCCGGAGUCGAAAAAGCUCUUCACCGGCCAACAUAUCAACGUGUACCGGCACGUGAAGGCUAAGGUGCAGCAGGCCGUAGCGGACAACUUUCGGUUAAACGUAGACGCACUGCACCUCACUCAUCCAACGUUCUUCUCACGGCUCACGAAUGCCACGGCCAAAACUGUCCACGAUGAGUAUUGGCACGCGCACGUGGACAAAGAAACGUACAAUUCGUUCCACUACACCACGCUCCUCUAUCUGACCGACUACGGAAAGGAUUUCACCGGUGGGCGGUUCGUGUUCAUCGACAACGAAGGCAAGCACAACCGCACAAACGUGUACAUUGAGCCGAAAAUGGCGCGCGUGAGCGGAUUUACCUCGGGCGGUGAAAACAUGCACCACGUGGAGCAGGUUACGGGCGGGGUUCGGUACGCCAUCACGAUCUCGUUCACGUGCGACCGGGAGUACGCAAUGGCCGAUCCAAAGUUUUCGCUCGAUGACGACGACGAUGAGGACGGUGAUGGUGGUGGAGGCGGUGGUGGCGACGUGGGCAAUGCGGCCAUGCCCUGAGAUAGGGCCGAUACCGUGCUAGUCAUUCGAACGAUGGAGGAGUUCAGCGCUUAGGAUGCUCGGUUUUCGAACCAGCCGUUGCAUUUCACCUGGGCAGCCAGGAUCUAAGGAUUUACUAGAUUCCUUAGCACGUUGUAAAUGGCAGCAGUAUUUACUUCUAAGUAUUCCGAUCAGGUUGCAAAAGUAUUAACAUACAUUCAAACCAAACAUUCUAGCCAUUUAUCCCAUAUCGUGGGAUCAUUUAAGACGUUCGUAAGGCGACUAUAAAGAAGAUUUUACCUCAAAUCAAGAGGAGAACAGUUCCAGUAAAACCAAGCAAUAUGAUCAAAUGUAAUUUUAACUCAUCGUAUAAGCAUACUUGGGCAGAAGAAACGAUUCCGUACGCUUCAUAUGAUCCGUGAGAGAUUUCUGUAACAAAUCUAGAACAAAGACAACGGCCGUUGAAUGGCCCGUUGAAACCACUAGCCGAAGAGACGCUGACGAAGGUAUCCCCGUGAAGUAGUUUACAAGGUUUUAAAAGAAAUAAAUAUCCUUCAAUUGA